AUGCACGUAACUCGGACCUUGAAUCACGCACCGUUACCGGCAGCAAGUAGGGGAGUUCGCGCGGAGCGACAGAGGCCAAGGGGUCCGCAAAUAUUAGAAGCGUCCGACUCAGAAGGGGAGUUUGAAGUUUUCGAGCAGUUGGAAGCUUCAGAAUCGGAAGAAGAAAUUCACCAUGGGCGUCGGAGGCGUCCGAGAGAUCAUGAUCGCUAUCAGGGUGAGUGCCGGAUUAAAUUAGACAUUCCUUAUUUUGACGGCAAAUUGCAUAUUGAAGAUUAUUUAGACUGGGAGCGAGCUGUCGAAAAUUUUUUUGAGUAUAUGGAAAUUAAUCCCGAAAGGCAGGUGAAGUAUGUGGCUUGUAGGCUUAAAGGAGGCGCGAGCGCAUGGUGGCAACAGGUGCUUCAAACUAGGCGGAAGGAAGGAAGGGGAAUCGUGCGCAGUUGGCACCGAAUGAAGCAAUUGCUGCGCGGACAUUAUUUGCCUACAGAUUAUGAGCAAAUGUUAUAUAUGCAGUAUCAACAUUGCUCGCAAGGACAUCAUUCGGUGAACGAGUACACGGAGGAAUUUUAUCGUUUAAGUGCGCGAAAUAACUUAAACGAGACUACCAACCAGGUUGUUGCGCGAUACAUUGGAGGAUUGAAGGAAGCAAUACAAGACAAGCUUGAAUUAAAUUCAGUAUGGACAUUAUCCCAAGCCAUCAACUAUGCUUUGAAAGUGGAGUUACAGCUACAAAGGCACAGCAGGUCUGGUUCAUACAGGAGAAUUUCCGAACAUUCUGCGGAUGGUACAAGGCAAGUGCAACAGAAUGCCUCACAAGCAAUUAAGCCAGCUGUUGGAAUGUCUGGUAUUGGCGGACCAAACAGUAUAACCAGCAAGGUUAAUGAUCCAAAAGGUUUACAGAAAAAUCGGGCACCAAUUCGAGAAAAUCCAUAUGCUAAGGCUACAAACAUUAAAUGUUUUCGUUGUUUCCAAAUGGGGCAUAAGUCCAAUGAGUGUCCGUCGAGACCUCAACUGCAGUUAGUGGAUGCCGAAGCAGAUGAGGAAGAAGAUGAUAAUGAAAUUGAGGAAGAGAAUGACUUUGAGGAGGUAACCGGGGAUGUAGGCGAGCCUCUCAUUUGUGUUAUGGAGAAGCUAUUACUAGCACCAAAACAACCGUGCACGUCGCAGCGCAACGCAUUAUUCCGGACUAAGUGCACCAUAGGUGGCAAGGUUUGUGACCUGCUGGUGGACAGUGGUUGUACGGAGAAUGUAAUUUCUCGAGCGGUGGUGCACGCCUUAAAGCUCAAAACAACAAAGAAUCCUAACCCUUACAAGAUUAGUUGGGUUAAGAAGGGAGUCGAAAUGUCCGUGACAGAUUUAUGCAAAGUCUCCUUUUCAAUCGGCAAGCACUAUGCUAGUGAAGUGUUAUGUGAUGUACUGGACAUGGAUGUAUGCCAUAUUAGUCUGGGAAGGCCAUGGCAAUACGACGUUGGAGCCUUUUAUGACUGCCGAGCUAAUACCUAUUCAUUUGACUGGAAGGGUCAUCGAUUGCGGUUGAUACCCAAUCAAUCUGGGCAAGAAAGUAAUGCUUCAAAAAGUAAGACUGCUUUGCACUCAUCAUCUACUACUGCAAUGUUAAAUGCAUGGAAGGAGUCAUCCAGCAUUUCUGCCUUGAUAGUCAAGGAAGUGGCGGAAGGUCCAGCUGAAACAAAUGUUUAA